UUUCUUUUCAUUGAUAUUUUUAGAACUUUUGUCCAGUAUCGGCACAAAGUGGGUGAGAAGGAAUGGAUUGCGCGAAAACAUAUUGAGACAAAAUCCCUUAUUCCCCGAUUAGUUUAUCUAUCAAUCUGGUCCUCUUCUUCUUCUCUGAAGGAAAAUCUUGAGACUAAUGGUUCUACAACGGUCAUCGUUGAAAUGAAGUGUCUGCUGGAGAGAUAUGCAAGUAACAUUGGUCUUCCUUUUGAUGAUGCAAUUGAUGUGAUUCUUGGGAUAGCGAAGGGGCAAAAGCCCUUCAAGCUGGAUAAAUUUCGCCAUUUUUGUCAAUGCAUGGAAUUUGUGCUCCCGUCACCCUGGGCUUGUUAAUGAAGAUGGAUGCAGUCUAGGAUCAUGGCACGUUGUAAAAAUAUUGGUCAAGAGUUGCAUCACUGAGCUGUUGAUGCAGGCACAACUGAUGCUGACAAGUCCUGGAAGCAUUGUUCCAGUUCUGGUGCAAUUGGUAACAGAAUCUUUUGCUUGGCACAUUCUAAUAAUCCAGUCGUGUAUAAAAGCAACGGUUCCAUCUGGAAAGAAGAAAAAGAAAGGUGGUGCGGUGGAUCAAAUGAACUCACCCCACUUGCAGGCAAUAUAUGAUUCAAUUCAGUGUUUAAGCAAUGCAAUACAAGGGAUCCAAAAAUGGGUAGAUGAUCAAAUCAAUAAGCCCGAAGAUCGAAAUUUGGAUAUUCUAUUGUCUCAUGUGCAAUUGAGGGACUGUGAGGAGGGGCCCGGCUGUGUGCUCCAGAUUUUAGAAGAGAGUGCAUCUGCAGACAACUCUGAACUUGGUGAUAGGAUAUCCAGAGCUCUACAGUCAUGGAAUUCUGCCAAUGCAGUGAGAAAAAUAGGAGAGGCACAAAAUAAAUUGCUAUCAUGUUUCCAUCACAUAUGUGGUUCGAAGUUGAAGCUGUUGGAGUCGUUGAAGCAGUCAGUGUAGGGAAGAGAAUUAUGGCAGGACCAUCAGGUGGCGCACCAUCAGGGUUUUCUGCAUGCAUUCGGUUCUGUUCUGGUGUUUGGUAGGAGAGGUUCCCGCUGAAUGGCUAUCGGUAUCGACCUCCAUGCUUUGCACCUUCGCAGUGAGAAUUUUGAUUUCUUAUUUUUUUUUUUUUUU